GUCCUUAACUAGCAGCCCAACGUGGGAUGUUGAUUAUUCGACAUUGCCGGAAUCAACCCUGGAAGCCCAGCACUCUUUGUCAGAGAUGCGACUCAAUUUCUCCGUAACAGUUAGUCGAAGCUCGGACAUCGGACACAAGUUAAGGGCGAGAUGGGGGCCAUAGUGUUGGCUCCCUGGGGUUGCUGUCGAGGGUGGUAGUCCUGGGAGCUCCCUCUUUAAGAAUAAAGUGCGUUAAUGACCGAGAACCGGAACCCGUGGAGCAACUUGGUGGGCGAACCUCCCUUAUAUAGCCAGUCUUGGACACCCUGCUUGCCAUCGAGCACGUAAUAGCACGCCAUCCUAGGAAACUAUCUUCAUUCGAUAGAUACGGUUUAGCAGCAAUGCCUCGAUAUAUUGACACGGUUCCGAAGCCAACCCAUGUUAAGCCUAAGAAGCUUAUAGUGCUCAGCGCACCUAGAACCGGCACGCAUGGCCUCUACCAAGCUUUGAAGAUACUAGGCUUCAAGCCGUACCACAUGGCCGAAGUCUUGAAGGCCGGAACACCCGCAGUGAAGAUUCUAAACGAUGGGCUCAACGCCGAAUAUUUCCACGAAGGAAAGCCGUAUGGCCGCGAGGAGUUCGAUAAAUGGUUCGCCGACUACGAUGUCAUAAUAGAAAUGCCAUUCUUCAUGCUUCGAUCGACAUUGAAGGCCUACCCGGAUGCCAAAUUCCUAUUGACAGAGCGAAACCCCGAGAAAUGGGCCAAAUCUUACAGAAAUACCAUUGGAGACAUGGUUAUACAAUUUGGAAGCUUUCCUCUAUCCGUAUGCAGACACUUCGAUGCCUUCACUUACUAUCUAUCCCAAACGGCGUUUAGGCUGUACGACUACAUGAGCAAUGGAUAUCGUAUGACACCGGAAGGGCAAAAAUUUCUCGCCGAGAAUUACAAGGAGUAUAUUGCUGAAGUUAAGCGAGUCGUUCCGCCAAAGCAGCUGAAGGUGUGCAAACUCGAAGAUGGAUUCGGAUGGGAUGAGAUAUGCCCGUAUCUAGGCGUACCCGUACCCGACACCCCAUGGCCUUCGCUUAACACGCCGGAGGAGUUCCACGAGAUUGGUGCGCCGAAGAUCAAGGCGGCACUUAUGAAAGGGUUUGUUGCUACAACGUCUAUCAUAGUACCAAUUGUCGCCGUGGGCAUCUGGGCUUUCAGAAAGGGAAAGCUGUCUAUUUAGGGCGCCGACUCCGGUAUCGACAAAGAACCCCGAAUCGAUGACGAGCCCCGUAGAACGGUAGAUGGACGCUAUCCGAGCCGACGGGAUUCCACAUCGAGAAUUACAUGAAGGAUAAGACUCCAGAAUAGGCCUAUUUGAGAGUUCCUGGGCCGAAUUGACUUUGGAAUUCCUUCGCAUGUAUAUAUAAUGAUAUGGCUUCGCGGGUUGCCGAUGAUAGCCGAAAUAGUGUAAAUGCUUCUCGACUUAUAACUUACAAGCCUAUUCUUGGAUUGGGUCAAGCAUGCAUUUAAAUCGCAAUGC